AUUAAUAUGUGGCCAAUUAAGAUUAUUUGAGUGUAAUAGAUAAUGAUGUGGUAAUAUCACGUUGGAAAACGAACUUAAGGGUAUAUAAAGGAAGUUCUUAAGGCUUACAGAGGAACAUCAGCUACUGAAGCUACUGAAUCGCGCUGUUUUUUCUUAACCUAGACAAAAGAUGUCUGCAGCACCACUUUCAGUCUUCUGCAUGCUGUGUCUGCUGUCCAUCUGCACAGCCUGCUACAUCUCCAACUGCCCCAUUGGUGGCAAAAGAGCAGUACAGGACAUCCCCACUCGACAGUGUAUGGCAUGUGGUCCUGGAGAUAAGGGCAGAUGCUUUGGUCCCAAUAUCUGUUGCGGAGAGGAAAUAGGCUGCAUGGUGGGCACUCUGGAAGCCAUGCGCUGCUUGGAGGAAGACUACGUGCCCUCUCCGUGUGAGACUGGAGGAAAAGCCUGUGGCUCUGUGGCAGGACGGUGCGCUGCACCAGGCGUCUGCUGUGACUCAGAGAGCUGCACCACUGAUCCGUCGUGUCUGGAAGGCGAAGGUGAUGCAGCCGCUCACAGUCUACCUGCCAGUGGCAAAGACCUCCUUCUGAAGCUUCUUCAUUGGACAAACUACAGGCCUUACCAAUGAGACAUCCAUUCAGGGAUCACAUCAUCGUAAGAGGAGCAAAACACCAGCCGAACCAUCUGAUGACCUUUGUACACAGUUUGUAAAGUCUAGAAUGUGAUCAGAUAUGAAUAUUGGUCUUGUAUUUUAACAAAUGUGAUAGGAUUAUGCUUUUCUGCAGCAAUUAAAGUCACUUUAUAUGGUGC